AUGCAAUAAUUGUAAAUCUAAUGAAUAUAUUUAGUGUUGAAAUGAAGGCUGUUACAUGGUAAAAGGAUUCCCAUGGACUUUUUGAUUAUGAAACUCAACUUCUUACAAUUGAAAAACAUGUCAUAUUAUAAGAGCGGAAGGUUUAUCGAUUAGGUAUAUUAUUCAUAUUUAUUAUAUUAUUAAAUAGGUUAAGAAGUUAGUAUUCAUUCUCCUGAAACUGAAUAAGAUGAGUCCCAAUAAUAUUUAACAGCAGUUCAAGAAUAAAACUAUAAGUUUUACAUCAACCCUGAUGGAUGUGUAGAAAAUGAAAACUUUUUAAUAGUUAGAAGUUUAAAAAAUAGUUAAGGAGGAUAAAAAGUAUUAUUUAGUUUUAAUGAUGAAAAAAGGGAUAUAAGAUGGAGCCAGGAGACAUAAUAAAAUUAGGAAGAAUGGAAUAUUUGAUAAUAGAAACAAAGAAUAAGGAUAAUUUAGUAAAUUAAGCAUCAAGUGAAAUGCUAAAAGUAUAUCUUGAAUAAAAUUCAGGAUUGGUUUGAAAUAACUGCUUCGUAUGUUACCAAUAAUUAAGCAAUUUGUCGAUUUUGUCUAAUGGACACUCAAACAAGAGAGGAUCCUUUUAUUUCUCCAUGUAAUUGUAAAGGAAGCUGCUAAUUUGUUCAUUUUAGUUGCAUGAGAUAAUGGAUUGAGAGUAGAUGCCAAAUAAAACAAUUAAAUAGUGCAUAAUCAUAUAGAUGGAAAUAGUAUUUAACAUAUAUAUUUGAGAUAACAAUGUGAAUUAUGUGAAUCCUUGUUACCUUUGAAAAUAAAGAUGGAUGAUAUAGAACUUUCGUUGGAUGUAAUAUAGCGUCCUUCGACACCAUAUUUGAUAAUGUAAUCAAGACACAAAAAGGAAAAGAAGUCAGGAAAAAAUGUGUAUGUAAUGUAAUUUUAAAAUGGUGAACCAAUCAAAAUAGUAAAUAUAAUAUAUAUAAAAUAGGGAAGAGGUCAUCAAUGUGAUAUAUAAAUAUCAGAUAUUUCAGUAUCUAGAUUACAUGCUUAUAUAAAAUAUGAAGAUGGUAAUUUCAUUAUUCUUGACAACAACAGUAAGUUUGGAACACUCGUAAAAUUAUUCCAACCUUAUAAAAUUGAUUAAGAGAAAGUGGCAAUAUAAGUAAUUUAAUUAUUUAUAUUAAGGUUGGACGCACAGUCUUGACUUUUGUACUAAAAUAGUAGUGUAUUAGUGAGAACCAUUGA